GUUUCAGGAAAACCUACUGAUGUAAAGAAGAUUCAGACAACAAUAGCAAACCAAUUGGGUCUAAAAUUCAGAAACGAAGACGAAAGUGAAAUGGCAGAUAAGAUAUAUUCAAGAAUGAAGGAUAAGAAUAUCCUUUUAAUUCUAGAUAAUAUUUGGGAAGCUCUAGAGCUUGAUAAGACAAUAGGAAUUCCUUGCGAAGAUGAACGUGGAAGAAAUAAACUUUUAUUUACAACAAGAGACUUAGAUGUGUUGGAGAGGAUGGGCUCCACAAAUAAUUUCAGGAUGGGCAUUUUAAAUGAAGAAGAAGCUUGGACCUUAUUCACCAAAAUGGCAGCCUUUGACAGGUGAUGUUAUUCAAACACAUAGAUUGGAUUCUCUACCGAAUGAUGUUUGUAAGGAAUACAAGGGUUUACCUAUUGUCAUUUGUACAAUAGGAAAAGCAUUAAAAAAUAAAAAUCGUUUAUCUUUUUGGAGUUGUGCAUUGCAAGAAUUAAGAAAACCCUCUCCAACAAAGUACUCAGCACUCCUAGAUAAGGAAUACAAGAAUAUUGCCUUAAGUUAUGAGUAUUUAAAAGAUGAGGAACUUAGGAAAACGUUUUUAAUUUCUAGUCUAAUAGAAAAUAAUACUUCAAUUUCAGACUUGUUCAAACAUGUUGUGUGUUUGGAUGUAUUUGGUAGAGCUAAUUUGACAAUGGAAGAAGCACGACUUAGACUAGAUAAAUUGGUUUACAACCUCAAAGAUGCUUGUUUAUUGCUUGAUGGGUUCAAAAACGGCCAAUUUGCUAUGCAUGAUGUUGUUCGUGAUGUUGCCACAACAAUUGCAUAUGUGGAUCACUAUGUGUUUACAACAAGAAAUGACGUUGAACAGGAAUGGAAAAAUAAAGACAAACUCAAGAAAUGCACAAAGAUCUUCUUACUUGAUAAUAGUACUAUUAUUAGUAAACUUUGGCCAAAUGAUUUCGAUUGUCCAAAUCUUGAAUAUUUUCAUAUGACCAAGAUGUGGAACUCUUCUUUCAAAAUCCCAGAGGACUUCUUCACAGUGAUGCCAAAGCUUAGAGUGUUGAAUUUGGUUAGACUACAACAAUCGUCAUUGCCAUCAUUAAUUCAUUGUUUGACAAACCUUCAAACAUUGUGUUUAAGGAAUAGCAGCAUGGAAGGUGUUUCUAUUAUUGGAAAGCUUAAUAAGCUAAAGGUCCUUAGCUUGCAACAUUUUAACAUUAAGGAGUUUUCUACGGAAAUGGGUCAAUUAACUCAAUUAAGACUAUUAGAUUUGAGCUAUUGUUGUCAUUUGAAAGUUAUUGCUCCAAAUGUGAUAUCAAAAUUAUCCAAUUUGGAAGAACUUUAUUUGGAGGCGUGCCCUAUUCAGUGGAAGAUUGAAGUACUUGAGGAAUUGAAGCUCUUGUCUAACCUCGUCAGUGUAGAAUUGGAAAUUAAAGAUCACAAGGUUUUGCCUGAAAACUUCUUUUCUAGAAAGCUUAUAAGGUACAAAAUAUUAGUAGAAUAUUGGCGGUACCCAUAUCCAAAAAUUAGUGAACAAGAGUGUUUGAUGAUAUUGAAAUUGAUGAUCAAUCCUACCAUCUACUGGGAAAAAUUAUGCGGAAUCAAGAAUGUUGAACUCUUAUGCUUAACCGAAUAUGAAGAUGAUGACGAUGAGGAUGAGGACGAUCUUGAGCAUUCAAAAUUCAAUUUGCAGUCCAAUGAAAUCACACCGCUUUUUAAUAAGAAGGUUUGA